CAACCCCACCCACCCACGGCGAAGGCGCCUAGCGAAUCGAGGGUUUCGUCGUCGAGCGAGCGAGAGCGCGCGAUGGCGGCGGCGGAGGGAGAGAAGAAGGGAGCGAUGGAGGCGGAGAAGGGAGAGAAGGAAGCGAUGGCGGCGGCGAAGGGAGCGCCGGUGGAGGAGAAGGGAAAUGGAGCGGAGGCGCCCGAGGAGGAGGGGACGGGAGAGGCGGCGGUGGAGAAGGGGAAGGCAGUGGCGGAAGCGGAGGAGGCGGCCGGCGCGAAGAUGAUCACCCUGCGGAGCGCGGACGGGGAGGAGCGUUCCAUGUCGGCGGCGGCGGCGAAGCUGUCAGUGGUCCUCAGCAACAUGAUCGAGGACGACUGCGCGUACAACGUCGUCAUCCCGCUCGAACGCUCCACCACCGUCGCGAGGACUCUGGACACGGUGAUCGAGUACUGCGUCAAGCACGCCGACGAGCCCGUCCACGACUCCAACCCCAGCACCGCGGGCGGCAGCAGCAGCGUCGUCGUCACAGCGGUGCCCGAGGACCUGGAGGAGUGGGACCGCAAGCUCGUCGAGGGCCUCAGCGCGGACGACCUGUACGACCUCCUCCUCGCCGCCAACCACCUCAGCAUCCAGGGGCUCAUCGACGUCGUCUGCCAGAGGGCCGCCGACAUGAUCAAGGGCAAGACCACCCAGCAGAUCCGCGACACCUUCAACCUCCCCAACGACCUCACCCCGGCGGACGAGGCGAAGUUGCGCCAGCAGCACGCCUGGGUCAUCGACUAGUAGGAUUCUUCGAACCCACUUUGUGCUCUGCUCUAGCAUCUCACUAGAUCUGCCGGCCUAGCGCGCGGCUCCGUGUUCUACCGCGUCUUUUCUCUUGACGCGCAUCGUAGUGACUGUUUCGUAGUUAUCUUUGUGUAGAACUGUAGAUAGGUCCUGAUCAACACUCGGUCUACCACUUGCUUAGCAUUUUCGUUUCGCCUUGUCGAAGAACAGAAUGGAACGUGUGGUGGAAAU